CCAGAAGGAACAUGAGGAGCAUCUAAGGGUCGUUCUUGAAACCCUUAGACAAGAAAAGUUAUAUGCAAAAUUCUCCAAGUGCGAAUUCUGGCUCCAGCAAGUAACCUUUCUUGGUCAUGUGAUUACGCAGGCAGUUAUUGAGGUUGAUCCCUCUAAGGUUGCAGCUGUUCAGAACUGGUCGACACCGAAGAGUCCGUCCGAGGUUCGCAGCUUUCUCGGUUUGGCUAAUUAUUACCGCAGAUUCAUUGAGGGCUUUUCCAAGAUUGCCCUUCCUUUAUCCCUGCUGACGAGGAAGUCUGUGAAGUUCAAAUGGACUGAUCGAUGUGAAUCGAGCUUUCAAGAGCUUAAGAAGAGACUAACUUCAGCACCGUUGGUACCUACUGGCGAGAAACCCAUCGGAUUCAAAUGGGUUUACAAGAUCAAAACAAAUUCAGAUGGUUCUAUUGAGCGCUACAAAGCUCGUCUUGUUGUUAAGGGGUACUCACAGGAGUAUGGAAUAGAUUAUGAAGAGACAUUUGCACUGGUUGCUCAUCUUACUACUGUACGCUGUUUACUUGCAGUUGCUGCAGUUCAUCGAUGGUCUCUUUUACAGUUAGAUGUUAAGAAUGCCUUCUUGCACGGUGCAUUAUCUGAGGAGGUUUACAUGACUCCUCCUCCUGGGUUCUUGUACUCUGGGAAGGUUUUUCGUCUGCGCCGAACUUUGUAUGGCUUGAAACAAGCGCCUCGUGCCUGGUACGCCACGUUCAGUUCUGCAUUGUUUCAGUUUUGUUUCACUAUGAGUGAUCACGAUUCUGCCCUAUUUCUUUGGCGCUCUUCAUCUGGGAUCAUUGUUUUUUUGCUCUAUGUUGAUGAUACGAUCAUCACGGGGGAUGAUGUUUCGGGUAUUUUCGACUUACAGAAUUAUCUUCGACAGCAUUUUGAGAUGAAAAGUUUGGGUCGUCUUCGCUAUUUUCUGGGUCUUGAGAUUUAUGAUUCCUCUGAUGGCUUCUAUUUGUCUCAAGCCAAGUAUGCCUCUGAUCUUCUUGCUCGGGCCGGUCUCACUGAUUGCCAGACAGCUUCUACACCUCUUGAUUAUGAUAUUCGUCUUACUCCAUUGGAUGGUUCUCUUCUUGAGGAUCCUACGUUAUAUCGCCAGCUCGUUGGGAGUUUGAUAUAUUUGACUGUCACUUGGCCUGAUAUAGCUCAUGUUGUUCAUAUUGUGAGUCAGUUUAUGGCUACUCCGAGAACCACGCAUCAUUCUGCUGUGUUGCACAUCCUUCGCUAUGUGAAGGGCACCUUAUUGCAUGGUUUACAUUUCUCGGCCA